CCCGCCGAGCUAUUCUAUCUGCAUGAUGAUCGUGUUUUCUAUACGCUAGUAUUAUCAGCAACCACUCACAUCGUAGAUGUUAUCACCCGGGCGCUAGCGCUGCGAUACUUCCAUCUCCAACAAUACCUCCGUCUAUCUGCGUUCUGUGCUCAUAUGAUCCGGCAGCUUAUCACCACGUCCAGAUACGGACUCCGUUGUCGGUCCAGUUUUCGGUAUACGGUAAUAUCUUCUCCUUACUACCUACCACAUCCUAGGGAGGGAGGAAUAAUAUAUUAGUGAAGGAUAAACCCGUGAGAAGUUGUAGAUGGGAUGAUGGAAUUCUGAUAACAAUGCAGGAUCCCUCGUUGCAUUGAUCCCGUUCAGUGACUGUAACAUUUAACCUUAUAGCUGGUCAUGGUUCAUUCAGUAUGGCACUCCACCUUGCUCUUUGGGUAGCGUCCGCGGUUGUCGUGUCUCUGAUCUCUUUUUUCGCUUUAAGUAAAUCGCAGAAAGAUGUAGUCUUCAAGAGAUUGGGUCUCACAAAGCGCAAUGCAUCCCGCCCAAGCACGCCGUUGCUUGAGAAGCAACCACUCUCCAAGCCCCUCUCGUCGUCAACUUCAGAUCUUCUAUCGACCUUUCCCCCUUCUCAGCGAGGCCAACUCAGUGUAAUAGCGGAAAAUAUGACCCCCGAUCAAAAGGAGGCGAUGGGCAACCUUUCGUUCGACAUGGAUACAUUCACACGCUCACUGCUAGGUUUUGAGGAAGACUAUCGCACCGCUGACGAUUCGAAAUACUGCUUCAGCGGGUUUUCUGUACGCGAGAUUAAGGCCCUGGGAGACUUCCCCGACUACUCCGUACUCUCGGAGGUCCCCAUGCCUCAGCCCUACUUGGAAUUCGAUAUCGAUCGCGCGAAGGCGCGGCCAUAUCGGCCGUUCAGAUGGGCAUAUCAUCAAACGAUGUCCUUGACUAAGCUCGAGACCGACUGGUGGAUCGAGCUGGAAUCAACAUACAAGACCCGGAUCGCACAGCGCAAGGAACUAUACGAGAAAUACGGCAAGGCCGUACUAGACUGGCUCCCGGGCUCGGAGCUCGCGUGCAAGGAACUAAUGGAGAUGGUGUUGCAGUUCAUAUGUGCGCGGUAUCCGCAGUACUUCGUGCUGUCACAGGACAAGUCGCAGCUAGAGAACAAGAUCCUCGGCACGGUGUCCGUGAUUAAGGAGAAGCACCCCUUGUUAAUCCUGCUAGAUAACGUCCCGGAAGAGUUCAAUAUCAUGCUGCGGGAUCCCGAGACCGGCUACUACCACCUCCGAGCGGGUAUAAUAUGUUCCGCCCUAGGGUGGAGUCUGGGGACCAAGUUAGGUCUCAAGCUUCACGACAUUCACCAGCCGGUUGCAGAUUACAAGGAGAAGAUGCAGUUCAGCAUGGACCGCUACUUCUCCAAGAUGCCCGCCCACAAGCCCAUCCAGCGCGGAUCCUGGGGCCUCGAAGUCGACCAGCCGCUGUUCAUGCCGCCAGGCGACCCGCACGAGAGCUACCGGGACGUCCAAGACGCGAGCCUGUCGCGCUCCCGCAUCCACCUGCGCGUAGACUGGCAGACGCUGCGGCGGCUCCCGCUAUCAGCGGGUGUCGUGUUCAACUUCAAGGCGCUGUUCACGCCGCUGGAAGAGCUGCGGGACGAGCCGUACGUGCCGACCCUCCUGAAGACGGUGCUGAAGGAGGGCAAGGAAAAUCUCAUGAAGUACAAAAAUACCUGGCACACCGAGCACGUGGUGAUUCCGGCCCUAGAGGAGUUCGAGAAGGAACAGAUUGAAAAGGGGGUUAUCGAGAAAGAUUGGGAGCCUAAGACGCUGGAUGAUAGUCCUUGGUUUCCCGGGUGGCGAGAGAAGUGGCAUGCGCAACAGGGAUUCUAAGACACGAGAAAGGUUCGGCCAUUCGGUAAUAGCUCAAAAAGAAUGGCAUCAAAAUAUGUUGCAGCAUCAUUGCACGGGUCAAAAAGUCAUCCAGUCAUCAUGGAAAGGGAAAUAGAUAAAACCUGACAAAUUGACUUCCAGCUCUGCAUUUACAAGCGAGCUAAAUAGCGACUUUCACGUUGAAGAAGCCAAUCCCCUCAACCCCUUCUUCUGCUACGUAUACAUACCUAUAUACAUAU